ACUCUCCAGCUGAUCGGCCCAGGAUUCCCCGGUGCCUCCGUCCGUCGUGGGCUGCUUCGACGGCUUAAAUGUCUCCACGUAACUUUGAACUGUUUUAAUUUCAUGGAGUCUGGGGCCGCUCGUGUCGGCAAAAAGCCUCUUUUCUAGUGAAAUAGUCACAGGCAGAAGUCUGUCCGGGAUAUUGACUGUAUACUUGUCAAAGCCAGUACGAGGCCCUCUGUCCAUCCCCGGAUUCACCUGCUACGAGGAGAGCCUCACACCGAAGACCGACAUGGGGGACACGGGGAGCGAGGGCAGCAAGCCUCCGAGUAACGUUAACGUGGUUCCCCCGCGCUGCCCCUGUGGCUUCUGGGGGUCCAGCAAAACUAUGAAUCUCUGCUCAAAAUGUUUUGCAGACAUUCAGAAGAAACAGCCGGACAGUGAUUGCACUCCAAAGGCCAUGCCGAGCUCCAGCAGCAGCCAAACAGACAUCUUCUGUAACGAAACAAGCAGCAGCAUCAGUCAGGCGCUGAUAUCGAUGCCUAACACAUCAGAAGAACCUUCAUCAGGAGAGGCGGGAGCGAUACCUCUACCUGCUCAGGACGAAGUAUCCAGCACAGACACAGUCUUCAGUUCACUCUCCACUCCCACAAAACGCUCCUUUGAAUCAGCCUCGGAGUCAGAAAGCGAUGUUUCACCCGAAAAGCGAGCUAGAGUGGGCGAGGUGCCAGAGGGUGAGGAGUCUUCAUCAUCGUCAUCAUCUUUGUCUGCGUCAUCAUCAUCAUCCUCCUCCUCCUCGUCUCGCAGUGGCUCUAAACAGCGCAACCGCAAACGCUGCCAUAGCUGCCAAACCAAACUGGAGCUGGUUCAGCAAGAGCUGGGUUCUUGUCGCUGUGGUUAUGUCUUUUGUAUGCUCCAUCGGCUCCCGGAGCAGCAUGACUGUCUGUUUGACCACCUUGGCCGCGGUCGCCAGGAGGCCGUCCUGAAGAUGGUUAAGCUGGACCGCAAGGUGGGCCGCUCGUGUCAGCGCAUCGGAGAAGAGUGCUCCUGAGCAGCUGUUUCCUAAGAAGAAUCUCCAUGUUUAAACGGUGUCUCAGCACUUACAGGGAUUUGAUAUUUUUCCCCUUUGGUUUGUUUUUCGAGAUUUCUGCAGGUUUUUUGGAUACAAGCCCGGCAUAAAACAUUUCUUUAGAAUAUUACUCGCUCUCUUAAAUCCCACUGUUACCUGUUUCCCUUUCUUUCUUUUUUUAUCGCUCUCUGAUGGCUUGAACAGAUCCCUGCUGCUAAGAUGCCUUUUGGAAAAUCCAAAACCAGGAAUGAACGAACAAUAAAGAGUAAAAGAAAUGUACAUUUUCUUCACUUUUUUGGAACCUCCUGACUACACAAGUGUGAGAAGUGAAAGGGGGAAAAGGACAAAGAUAAAAAAUACAAUGCUUUGUUAAGGUAUUUGUCCCAGAAGCCAGUUUAAGACCUGAGUCUUUACCUCAAAAAAGAAAGAAAAACAACAAAUGACAAAGAGGAAGGGGAGGAUGGAAUGCUUACCCUUUGUGUGUACACUUCUGCUUUGGCGCUCUUUAUAGACUGUGCUCUUUACCUCAAAAUCAGACAGAGCUGCUUUGUAUUCGGCGCCCAGCAUGGACUUUGUGAAGCAAACCGAGCUAGUCAGCCUCAGUUUAAGUCAGUGUCUUACCCCUAGGUUGUCCACUACCCCUAAUCCUAAACUUUUAGACACCUGUUCAUCAUCCACCUCAGGUUAUCAGGAUAUCAAACUCCAACCCACCUUCCUCCAACACAGAACCUUCAAUUUUACUCAACAGGAAAUCUUUUACUCUUUUGUUUUACUCUUGUAAGGGUGUUCCCUCUUUGCUGAACAGGACAAAUGAAACUGGGGAGACAACAUAAAUCCAAAUUAAGGACUUUUGGUGCAAGUCUGACUGAAAGACUUUAUGCUGGUUGGAUUAAGCUGGGAGUCUAAGGUUUGCACACAGAUCUGUCUUCAAAAUUGUGAUGUGAUUUGUUGCAGAUUUUCUCUGUCUUCCUCUUUUUGUCUUAGUCUUUAUCUCCUAAAUCUCUACAGCCCACCCAUGGAAGAGGAGUCCGCGUCUCUUUUCCGGCAACAUGUGGAUUAUUUGUGCUGGACAAGUACUAAUUUACAGGACCUGCAGUCCAUUGAAGGGGGCAUAUGAGUCAUGGCCUGAGAUGUCUACAUUGUACAUUUCUGCAGAUCACUAUAGUUGUGUAUAAACACACUUUCUCAAACCUUUCUGUUGUUUUGUGUGCUCAGCUGUUGUUUACAUUGAGCAUAAGCAGGCGAAAUCAAACAUUGUUGUACACGCUGAGUUUGGACUGAAGCAGAGAUGAAUGAUGGUCUUUAUAGUUCAGGUUUCUCAUAAUGUCUUAGUUGUGUUUGCAAGGUAUUUUUUUGCCACCGGCUUUGAUGCAAGAUGUCACUGUUUGACUUUCACUCCUUUUCUUGUCCGUUAAUGCUCCUCCUUCCUUCAGUUCCCCAUCUUUUCAUUUCCAGCUAUAACGAUGAGCUCACGUGCAUUCUCCUCCUUUACACUCUCUCUCUCAUCUUUCCCCUUAUUGAUUGCUCUAUUUUUCCUCGUGUCACCCUCUCUGCCCCCCUCUUCCCCCUCUCUCUCUCUUUCUCUGUGGAUGGGGGGAGGAGGAGCUGAAAGUUAAGAUAAGCAAAUAAAGACUUUCCAAACGUU